AGGGUUACUCUUAUCAUCACUACCGCAAGAGUAACUCAUAAGAGUUAGCGAGACUUCGUAAGUUUUAGUUUUAUCAUGUAAAUUCUAAAGUCGUCCAAGUAUCUAAUCUUACUUGAUACAUAUUACUUUUUUUUUCUGAAAUAUUUUAACCGUUUUGACUCUUGUGAUUAGUUUCGGUAUACCAAUGUUACUAUUGUUACUUGGCAUCCUAUCGUUCAGUCUAAAAAAAAUGAGUAGCCUCCCUAGCACUGGUGACUAGUACUAGUACAUGUAACUGUUAAAGUUAAAUGACUUAAAUUGACAAUUAAUAUUGAUCAUUGAAUUGCCAUCCAUAUCACUUUAAUAAAUCAGCUAUAUCAGUGCUCUAAGCCGAUUUUAAUUUAAAAUUUAAAUGAAAGCUUUUAAUUAACUUAUUUUAGUAAAAUUGAAGUCUAAACGUCUAAAGUAUAAGUCUAAGUCUAAACUAAACUAGUGAAGUUUAAAGUCUAAACACAUUACUACCUGGUUGCCGUUAAAUAAUUACUAGGCCUGCAGGGACUGUAGUCUUCAAAUGAUGAUGUCAACUCAAGAAUUGCUCUGCAAUUUCAAUUAUUUAGACUUAAGAGUCCAACCCGCUUAUCUCGACCUCGUUUAACUUGCCAACCCUGUUAAGUUGAUUUUUUUUAUGUGGAACAGCCAAAUUCUCUCUUUUAUUUUGUCUUAGCAUUUUCUCCUCGGUUUUAUGUUGAUUCUUUUAUGUCGCCAAACCCUAAUAUCUCAAGCACAAAAGGAGGCAAAAUUUUCCACUUAACCUCAGUUUUCUCUGUCUACAUGAACAGUCGCCGGCUUUUGAACUCGGCAAGAAGAAAUAAUAGCAAACAACAAAUUAACAAGUUUUGCAUAAUGUUAACAAUAAUUUAUUUCUCAAAAUACAGGACUUGUGUUUUAGAAUGAACCUAGAAUCUAGAAGUAAUUUAAAUAAAUAUGUUUUAAUUUGAGUUUUAAAAACCUGGUCAAGUCCAUAUUAUAAAUGAUCAUAAUUUGCAGAGGGCAAAACGUUGUCAUGGGCAGCCAUUCACUUGUAAAAUGGCUAUGCCGUAGUACUACCCAUGAGUUUCAUUCAUAAGAGUUUACAGUGUGCAAAAACUAUUAAACCAUUGGUCAGGGAAAGCUUUAAUUAAAUAGUCAUUGCCAAAGUUGAAAGUUCAAAAUAAGUAGUCCCUAAACAGUAUUUUAGUAAUAAGGGGAUGUGUUGCCUUAUACUUGUACAAACUAUAUAGUCAUUGUGCAUGACGCGAACAGCAGAAUGAAGUUACAAAAUGUGGAGGCUUGGAACAUAGAAAAUACCAAACGAACUCGCACUAUAAAAAUUCGUAGCUCAAAGUGUACUAAAGUCUAAAAAGUUGAUUCUUAUUUCAUUUUUCUAUUUGAAAUUUGCUCAAAAUAACUUAAAUAUUUAACUGAAAUAACUACAUUUAUUAACGCACAUCAUGAACAUAAAGAAAUUUCAAGCACAUAUUAAUAUAUUGCCGCCAUAUAAGUUUUUGUUUAUCUCGAUCAUCAGUUCUCUCUACGCUUUUUGGCAAACCCUGAGGCCGUCGACAUAAUCGGGCUCUUCUGUAGUAUAAUUAUACUUACCAGCACUCACAACAUUCACAUUGUUUAUUAUUAUCAUAUUUAUUAUUUAAUUAUUUGUCAUAGGCCUAUUCAUAUAAAUAUAUUUUAAAAUAAGUGUGGUUAUUUGCUUUCAUAUUUAUUUCAUUUUUAAAAUAGUCAUCUGUCUCCAGCUAGUAUUUAAUAAUAUAUAGCAUAUUAUUAAAAAGGUCUUAAUUAUAAUAUAAUAUUAGGGCAUAGGUCUAACUACCACCAUAAUGAGAAUCAUUCAUUUUUAGUUUUAGGCUGUGUGUAAUUUACUAACUGAUUUAGUCCAUAUAGAAUAAUAGUAAUUAAUACUAAACAGAAGCCAACAUUUUUUCGGACUCUUCCUCCGCCUCCAGUGAUAAGUUUUAAUUUGAAAACAUAAUAGACCCCUAAGCAAAUGGUUAUGUGAUUUAUGGCAAUGAGUAGUUUAGUAGGAAGGAUUUUUUAUUUUGACUUAAUUUUUCUCAGACUAAAUUUUUCUGGCUUAAAACCACAGCCAAAGCUGUCUAAUUAAAUCAUAAUGAUUUCCAAAAAUUAUAUUAAGUAAAGUAGGUGUAAUUUCCACUUUAUAAUUUGGGGAUUUAUAGUAAUGUUUUUUCAGUAAGAUUUAUUCAAUUGAAGUGGUGCCUCAUAAUAAACUGGAAAACUACAUGAUAGCAUUUGGUUUAGUUAGUUUUUUUAAUGAUAUAAAUUAUAUAAAUAAAAAUGUAAACAAUGAUUUAAAUUUUUUUUUUUAACUAGGUAGAUAAUCAUAGUAAUUGGCCAUGAGUGGACAGUUUAAAGCUUUUGUCUCUGAAGAGGAGGUCCAAGAACAGCGGCAACGCCGGCAAGCCGAAUGGGACAAAGUUAGGAAAGAAGACGAUCCAAUAGGUACUAUUAAUGUAAAAUUAGCUGGGUAGUUAAACAAGAAUAAUAUUUAUUGCGAUGCAGUAUGCACAAAAAUAUACAGUACUGAAACUUAUGCAUCUUGAAUAUAUAUGUGCUAUGUCUUUGGUGCAUAGCGCCAUCUGCCACUUGUUCCAAAUAGUGAAAAGGAAGUUAUGUUGGGGAAUUAUCGGAAAUGGGUCUCUCAACAGAGGAAAAAGUUAUAACAGUUGAGCUUUUUUUUAACGUGGAACUGGCCAAGGAGGGGCACCGACUUUGAAAAAGGUGGCAGAAUAAUUAUGAGAGAGAUUUAAUAAGAUGGCUGGAAGUAACACAGUUGUACUGUGUAUUGUUCCACAAUUUUGGACUUCUGAUCGUGUACUGUGUCAACAGAAGGGGAAGUCUGUUCAAUCAGUAACUAAUUCAUCAAAUGAGAAUCACGUAUGUGUUCUUCAGAAGGUACUGCAUUUGCCCUUACAAAGUCUAUGAGGAACAUCCUUGAAACUUACAUUAGCAAUGCAUUCGUUUGCCAAUUGUUCAAAGCCAUUGUUGGAUUUUUGUUAAGGAUACAGGUUGGACAACACCAGAUGUGCUGCCAGGAUGAAACAUUGUGGUGUGGUUCUCGGGUGAAAAACACAUUCACUUAGACAGCUACAUCAAUUGCCAGACAACUUGCUUCAUUGGUUUUGAGUGAUCUGUACUAUUAGAACACUUACAUUUCGUAUACCAUGUUAAAUCUACACACUAACAGUUCAUAUGUAAGUUUCUUUAAGAAGAAAUGAGUUAUGUAAAAGCAAGGUAACUUUGUUUGUAUUGUCAUUUCAGUGCUGCAAAUGUUGGCGCACACUAUUAGACUAUAGAAUGUUAAAAUGCAGCUUUGACACAUGUCCUUAAUAAUAGUUCAGCUUUGCGGGUUAAGGUAAUUAAUACUUUUGUUGCCCACAGAUGAAACUGUCAAAAGCUUAUUAAGUCAAUUGUAGUUUCAUAAAAGACAUUGGUAGUAGUAUCUGAUUUGAAAUUGUGGAUUUCUUUAUUUCCUUGCAACAGAAUGCCCUGAAGAAAAAACCAGGUCGCUAUUUGAACAACUACAGGCAAAUAAAGAGCUGAAAGAACGAGAACUUGAGGAUGAGACAAAAUUACGUACGUAAUUUACUUGUUUUUUUUCCUAACAAUUUUGAACUGGAAAAAGAAAUUUUCUUGUAUUUUUAAGAGCAGUUUUUAAUAACAUUAUUGAUUUUAUCUCUCACAACUUCUUGUCUUUAUUAUAAUAUUUGCAAGGUAGAUGUUUAAAUUUUUGUAAAACAAUUAACAUUCAUAGGCUUGGCUAUUGGUUUACAUUGUAUUUGUAUUAACCCUUGAAAUAUUUUGUCUUUAAUUUAUGUUGCAGGUAGCAGUGUUAAAGGUCUUGAUGAUGACGAAGUUCAGUUUCUCAAUUUUGUCUCAGACAGGCAGAUACAAAUAGAAAAAGACCGCAACAGAGAAGAUAAGUCAGUCCUUGAAGAGCUGAAGAUAUCCUUAAAAAUAAUUUAAUUUUUUACUGUCAUAACUUAUCUUAAUUGGGUUGGGGUGCUGGAAGGCACCCCAACCCCAGACAAGCAAAAUCAUCCUGAGCACCCCAGGUGAAUGGCACUCAAACCUGGAGAUGGAGUCUCAUAGGUGGUAUCACAUUGACGCAAUUAAAAUUCCAGCCACUCCUGCGACACGACUGGUGCCAAGCUGUAUCAUCGAGAAAUGAUUCCCUUGGGCUAUCCAGAUGCGUGGGGAGAGAUUAUUUGCUGUCUAGGAAACCAGUUUAACCUUCUAAAGAAAAAAAAUUCCUUUUUGAUUUCGUCCUGCAAAUUCUACAUUAUCAUCAUAUUGUGACAGACAGAUGUCACAAAAAAAAUAAAAUAAUAAUCUUAAUACUAAUACCUGAGAAUGAAUUAACUCCAUGCACUCACUUCAUUACAUUCUUUAGCUUAUGAAUUCUCCUAUUUGAUCCAGAUCCUAUUUGUUUGGGAUUUAGUCAAAUUUUAUGUUGCCUAAAGGAUUUUUAAAAAGUCAGUCAAAAAUGUGCACUCCAUUUCUGACUAAUAAAUUUGUAUCAGUGUUGAAUAAUUGAAAUGCAAAAUUAAUUUUCGCUUUAAUGUUAGCAGGUAGUUAGAUAACUUGAAAAGAAUGAUAAUGAACUAUUGUAGGAAAUGUUUAUAAAUCAAAAUCAUCUUAUUAAACUCUAAUCUUAGUGCAGAGAGGUGUAUCUGAAAUAUUGCAGCAGUAGAUACUAUGUUCAACUCCAUUUGGAAUACCAUUAGAAAGAAUAAAUAUCGUUUAAAUUCGCUAUACUUAAAAUUACCUGAAUAUCUUUUUAUUUAAUUAUUUUUUCUUGCAUUUUCCUUAACAAAAACUUACAAUGCAUCUAUUAUUAAAUUACAAGAGAAAAAAGAGAAGGCUCCAGGGUCUGACAUCAGUAAAACAGCCGCACAAACAUCUGGUACAUCCAGUAAAAACUCACAAAAACUUUUGCUGCAAGGUGCCAUCAAAAGAAAAAGGUAAACCACAUCUUACUUCUACUCUACUCUGAUGCCUAAAUUAUUAAUUACGGUUAUGAAGGGGGGCUUAAUUGAGUCUGUGGUAUGAUUUGUGAAGCAUUAACUCAAGUCCUUGAUGAAAAAAAAACACACUUCUUUAUUUCUCGAUACAGCUACAUUCCAAUCAAGCACAAAACAUUUGCACUUCUUGAGUUAUUGAGCUAAUGCUGCGAGUUGGGCUUUUCUAACCCCAUGUCACACUGGUCAGUUGGUGUGAGCUCUCUCCACGAGUUACUCACUUUCCUGCCUUGUUUUUUAAAUCCCCCAUAAUAUUUUCUGCCCUUGUGUCCCGUUUGCAUUGAAGUUUGAACCGCAUCGUAACAUGACAUUAGGGAUGGAGAUCAAUAGGUUGACUUGGGCACACGAAUAAAUUUUUGCAUCAUGCUGUUUGAAUAAAUUGUUGCAUCAUGCUGGUUAAUGUUGUGUCUAACUUGCAUCAAAGUUUGUCUCGACAAUUAAUAAUUUAUUCACAAGGAAUUUUACAUUUUCUUCAAAUGUUAAAAUAUGUACAAUUUAAAAUCGACUUUGUUUUUUUGGUGUAGCCCAGUCGUGCUGAAAUAUUUGUCAUCACUGAUUUAUUAAUAGGAUUCAUGUAGCCUAGGCAUGCUGAAAUAUUUGUCAUCACUGAUUUGAUAGGUUUCAUGUUAUUAAAAAAAGCACUUAAUAUGCUUACAGUAAAUUCUCUAGUUAAUAAAUUUAAUUGACAGGUGUCUAGUUAUAUUAGCUGAAUUACAAAAUUAACUUACAUCAAUUAACACAUUUAUUUUGCUACACUGUUAAGGUGUAUCUGUAAAGCUCAUUUAUUUAUCGAAACAUUUUUAUUUUAAAUAUCUUUACUUUUUGCUGAAAAUUUUGCAUUUGAGUCUUGAGAUGGCAUUGACCAACCAAGCAAUAUCUCUAAUGGAUCCCCCGGGAAAUCAUCUUCCAGGAUCCUGCCUCCUUUUAGAGAGGAAAGGUAUGGCAUGGUAGCUCCCCUGGGAUGUUUUGACCUAGCACUAGCAGGGCAAGAUCCAGCUACCCCAGGAAUGCCAAACAGAUCGCUCCGAGGAGUUGAUCUUACAGAGUAAGAAGUUUCCCACUGCAGACCAAUAUGACCUCCCCCGCCACCCCCUGGGGGAAAAACCAUGGUCCUGUUGUCGUUUGAUUCGGUGCAGAUGGGGAAAGUUUUAACCGGUAAUUUAUUUUUUGCUAAAAUGUUCUCUCAUUCUUUUUAUGACUAUUCUUUUUUUUCUUUCUUGCAGUACUGAUGCCAAAUCUGAUGUGGAUGAUAAAAAACAGAAGCAACACAAUUGUAAGCCUCUCAGAUUUUAGCGGUUUGAUUUUUCAAUUGUGUUUAAAUUAAUGGCUGUCAGCUUUAUGUUUCUUUUAAAACUCAAAUGUGAACACUGCAGGGGAUACUGGUUAUUUUAACAUGACCCCCUGGGGAAAUUUAAGUUCUCAACCUUUCUAAUGCCGCAACCCUUAAUUACAGUUCCUCACGUUGUGGCAACCCCAAAAACAAAAUUAUUUUCGUUGCUGCUUCAUAACCGUUGAUCGGGCGUGUUUUCCGAUGGUCUUUGGUGACCCCUGGGAAAUGGUCAUUCGACCCCCAGGUUGAGAACUGCUGUUUUAGGGGCUAACAGACAAGCUCUUAUUCCAGAACUGGCCAUUACAUGAGGAGAGCCCACUCAUGAGCUCCUUUGGCAAGUUUUAAUUUCUCUUUAAUUAAACUUUGUAAUUGGUAAUUUCUUUCAACAAGUUCUUUCUAAUUCUGCCUGCAGCCAAUGAAGAACCGGACGCCAAGUUAAUGGCGGGUGUGUCACCAACAGAUGGCAUCAUGGUUGUAGCUGGCAUCCUCCCUGGAAUAGUGGACUACGGGGAAGACGACAGCAGCACAGAGAAUGAAAGCAACUCCAGUGACUCUGAAGCCGAUCACAUGAUCAUGCCCAGCGCCCCCACACAGAGGUUGUUACAGGAAAUGAUGCAGAGGUUAAAAGAAGAAGGAUGUGGUUGACCUCUGGAAGGAAGGGUAUUUUUUUUUUUUUUAAAUUUGGGUGCUUGGGAAAAUUAGGAUUUGAAUCAAACGUGUUUCACGCGGACUUGGUUAAAAUUAAAUAGAUAUAUGUAAACACAAAAUAGUAAAAAGUUGUGGGUCCUUUUUGAGUGGAGUUUAAGACUUGAACUUGUGACAUUAUUUUUGUCUUCCCUGCCAGGAUUGAAUGUAAUGAUAUGAUAGUCCCAUAAAAUCUUGAACGAGAAGCACAAAGAUUUUACAGAAAUUCAAUUAUAUAAAUAGUUUUGAAAAUUUUCUGCAAUUUUUUUAUGUUAUUUUGUUUUAAAUAGAUUUGGCUGCAAUUUUUAUGAUGUGAUACUGAAUAGACUGGGACAUAUGUACCUGUUGAUAUAUGCUAAUUAGUAGACAGGACAAUAUGUACCUGUUCAAAUAUGCUAAUCCUCCAAAAUUUUCUGGAGAUGUAUCUUUUAUUAAAAGUCAUUACGUAUAGUCUGAGCUAACUCAUUCCUACCUGAUUGCAUCUAGAUGUCUGGUUUCAAUUUUUUUUUUUUCUUAAAGUUGUUUUUUUAACCUUCAUUUAAAGAAAUACCUUUUAUUAAAUUAUCCAUACCUAUUUUUAAAAAAAAGUUUUUUUAUCUGGUCUGCAUGUUUUUUACAAAGUACUCACAUUUGUUAUUGUUUUAAUGCUCUUGACAGUCUUGGUCAUCAAUGUUAUUUUAAUUUUUUUUUUAAAUGUAUCCAAUUCUUGAUGCAUUUGGUUUUAGCUUGUUUUAUUUGUUUUGUUUAAGAUUUAAAAAAACAAAAACAUUUAUAAGUGGAAAUUGGCGUUAUUUCCCUUUGGUUGGGAAAUACCAAUUUUUUUAAAAAAAAUGGGACAUCCAGGGAGAAUAAAUGAGGCAGUCAGGGAAAUGAGUUAAGGAUGAAAACUUUGAGUCUGUUUCAUUAUAACCUUUGGUAUAAUUAAAAGAGUUCACAAAUCUCCUAUGUAAGUUACUCUUAAUCUUUGUGAACCUCUGUAGCUUGGAAAGAGAAGGCACCCAGGGUCCUCUCUUUUUAGCUAUCACUUUAGUCCCUUUAGCAACAAACGUUUGAGGAUCUCUGGUUCAUUCAAGAAAAAUCAUAAGCAUAAAAAAUAAAAAUUGCAGCCAUGGUGGACCGCCCCUCCCCCCCAGGUCACUGGCCAGCAGUCAUUAAACAGUAGACAGGUACAUGUUAGUCAUGACAUUGCUGAAUGGCGUAUGGAUGUUUUCAAACAAAAGUGUACAGAUGUCAGAUGUAGCAUAAUACUUAGAAGCUAUGUACCUGCCACAUGGAAUGGUUCAGAUGAAAAUACCAGAUGUUGAAAUGUGCAUGGCUGUUUGUUGAUUCAAAUAAAUGGUUUCUCACCUGCUACUAGAU